UGAAUAUAAUGCUCUCUCGUAUUAAAUAUGUGGUUAUUAUCUAUAACCUGUUGUAUUGGUUGCUGGGAGUGGUAAUCCUGGGUCUAUCGGCGUACCUAUGGUGGUGCUCACAGGAUUACCUCAAUCUGAACGAAAUGUGCCGAUACUAUGUCAUACCAUUGAUCGCAAUGUUAAUACUGGGAGGUGUGAUGACAAUCAUGGGCUUUAUUGGCUGUUGUGGUGCCCGAAGAGAGUCCUCUUGUCUUAUCCGAACCUAUUUCCUAUUGUGUGCCAUAACUUGU